AUGGCCACACCAACGCGUUUCUUGUCCACUGGACGACAUGCAUCUUCGUUAGUAUGGGCCCGGAGUUUCUCCACGAGUCGAGCACUCCGAGAAGGAUCCACAGCAAACCUUGGGGCCCCUCCGGUGCAGAAGAAACCUGUUGGCGGCAUUCGUGGAGGUGUAAUCGGGUUUCUUUUUGGUUUCUCCCUUGCGUCUUCAUUCGCUGCAUACCGGUUGCUAGAUGAGUACAAGCAGGCCUCUGCUGCUCUUCAAGCGAGUGUAGAGGAACUGCAGCGCAGCACUGAACAGGCAUUAUCAUCUAAGAUCUCAGCCCAUGUCAAACGCAUAGAGGCAGUCGAGAAGGACUUGAAGGCCUUGUCAGGAUCGUCCGCGAGUAAGGACGACGUGUCGCGCGUUCGUGGAGAAAUGAAGAAGAUCUACGACGGACUCCACAUUGAGUUCCUCGACUUGCGUGCAUUUGUGUGGGGAAUGCAGCAAGAUGUCCACGCUCUUGCCAAAAAGGAAUCGACAUCUGUACGUGUCUGA